AUGGGUCUGUCAGUUCAAGACAUCAAGGCAUGUGCAACAACCCUGUAUGGAUUUUCAGGGGAAGGAAUUGCGAGCACAUGGGACAUUGAGCUUCCCGUAACUUUGGGAGAAUAUCCGGUCUUGGUAACAAAAAUGUUUGAAUUUAUAGCGAUGGAUACCCCAUCUGCCUACAACAUUUUGCUCGGGAGACCAACAUUGAUCAGGAUGGGGGCAGUAACAUCAAUAAGGCACUUGGUUGUGAAAUUCCCAAUGCCAAGUGGGAUUGGGAUAUUGAAGGGGUACCAAUUGGCAGCUCGGGAGUGCUGCUACAACAUUUCCAUGAGAGGAAGAGGCCAAACCAACGCACAAGCAUUGGUCAUCGUCGCAAAAAUAACUGAGGAAAUGGUUUUUGAGAUCGAAAAUGAGGAAAUGGUGAAGACCGAGCUGAGCUCAGACCCAUAG